AUGAUGCGUUGCAUGAGAAUGCAAUUUCCAUUCCAGUUGUUCCUCCUUCUAUCAUUUUUGACGACUUCCAUUGCCUCAAAUGAGAACAACGAGGUCGUAAGCGAAACUUGUGCUGAUGAAAAUGCCUCUGACGGUGAAUCAUCGGUACAAUCAUCAUCCACACCGUCAUCACUUCUUGUUCCAGAUGCAUGCGGUAUUGUGCUGGCUCAUGUUUCGGAAAAUGAUUGGCGAGUUUAUUCGCUAAUGGACCGAAAACGUAGCUCCCCUAUUGUUCCAUAUGGUGAUGUCGUGCAGCAGCUUGCCGACAUGGACAUUGAUGCCACAAGUUUAUCAGGACGCACAUGGAAUGGACAAGAGACUGGCGGACAAUAUGAGGGUUAUGAUAAGGUGGAUUCCCUUGUGCCUGGAAUCGCAAUGAUGGCUCGCAAUGUCAACAGCAAAAAGCCAAAUCUAUUGCCCUUUGUUCCUCGAGUGGAUGAAGCGGGAUUGACACGACAGCAGUCACCGGGGGCAGGAUCGAUUACGCAUUAUCACAACUACACUCUAUUUUUCACGAGAGACAUUGGAGCUGGAGAGGAACUCAUCAUGCCAAAUAGAGCCACGGGGGAUAAAUCUGUAAGAGAUCAGGAAGUAACAGAAGAAGACGCCGACGAGAACCCAACCCUUUUUGACCUUAUCCAAACAGGAUAUUGCUUAGACAAUAUCAAACCCAAGAAAUCACGAAUCAAGGACGCUGGUCGGGGUGCAUUUGCUACUCGGGAUUUCGAAGAGGGAACAAUAGUCGCACCGGUACCAGUGUUACCCAUUUCACGAGCAGCGCUAGAGUUUGAGGCGAGCGAUGGAUCUCCAACCUAUCAGCUGUUGCUCAACUACUGUUUCGGCAGCAAGGAUGAUCCGUCAACUUUAUUUUAUCCCUUUGGACCAUGGAUAAACUUGAUCAAUCAUUACCCAAAGACGAAUGUGAAACUUCAAUGGCGAAAUCAAAAGGUUCCGUCAGCAUCCAAAGACAGUGUCGAUAUGAUGAUGAUGAUGACGAUGGAGUUGGUGGCUACCAAGGACAUCAAAGCUGGCGAGGAAUUGUUCCUUGACUACGGUAGUUCAUGGGAAGAGGCAUGGCAUCAACAUCGUCAAAAUUGGGAACCAGUUACAGAUCAUUACUCUCCAGGGUAUGUAGUGGAUGACACAAUUCGUCUGCUGAGAACAGAGUCAGAGCAAAAGGAUCAUCCCUACCCUCCCAAUAUCGACACAAGUUGCUUCUACCGAUAUUCAGACCGGACUGGCGAAGAAAAGGCAUCUAUCAAAAAAGAUUCUUCUGAUAAAGUUCAAACUUUUCAGUGGAAGGCGACUAAAGGGUUGUACGAUCCAAAGUUUCUGAGACCAUGCAAAGUCCUUCAGCGGAAGGAAACUGCAAAAGGUCGUUCUGGAUACGCUGUCCGCAUGUUUAACCGGCCAGGCUUGGACGAAGCUGAGAGAAUACCAAAGGGAGAAAUGCACCUAGUGACGCAUAUCCCUCGCAAUGCCAUUCGGAUAACAGACAAGCCUGGCACCACCGAUCAGCAUCUUCCAGGAGCCUUUCGGCACGAAAUCAACCUUCCCGAUGAUGUCUUCACAACUGAGUUCAUGAAAGAGUUCCACAACUAG